UUGUCCUGGCUACUGGUGGCUUCAGUUGUGAUCGUUCCAAUGAAGGCUCAUUGCUACAGGAAUUUGCUCCUGAAAAAAUGACUUUUCCAACAACAAACGGUCCAUGGGCCACUGGCCGAGGGGUGAAAAUGGCUCGAGCGAUGGGUGCUGCGCUGGUUGGAAUGAAUUAUGUUCAGAUUCAUCCAACGGCAUUUGUGGACCCGAAGGAUCCAGCUGCUACAACAAAGUUCCUUGCCGCGGAAGCACUGAGAGGAAAAGGCGCUAUUUUACUAAACAACAACGGGGAGCGAUUUGCGAAUGAGUUGGGCCGCCGUGAUUAUUUGACGGGCAAAAUCUUAGAAUUCUGCGCAAAAAACAAAGAGGCUGGUGAUGCUCACACUGCAUUUAUGCUUAUGGAUAAUCAGGCAGUUGACGAUUUCGGUCGUGCCUCAUUUAAUUUCUAUGCCAAAAUCAAAGGUUUCUUCAAGGAAUUUGGUACGCUGGACGAAGUUGCAAAAUAUAUGAAUGUGACACCGUCGAAACUCAAAGAAACCAUCGAUGAGUACAAUGUUUAUGCUCGCUCAGAGAAAAAGGGGGAAGAUAAGUUCGGGAAAAAAGUGUUCCCGGUCGCUUUGGAACAUCCGCCGUUUUAUGUGGCCAUUAUUACACCAGCAAUUCAUUACACUAUGGGAGGAUUAAAAAUUGACAAAAAUGUAUGGCUGUUGGCUGCUGGUGAAGUGACCGGAGGCGUGCACGGUCGGAAUAGAUUGGCUGGAAAUUCGUUGCUCGAAUGCGUCGUUUAUGGCCGAAUUGCUGGACGUAACGCUGCAAAUGUACGUUACUCGCCUUCCGAUGCAUCGUUAACCCGCACAGACUUAUGAAU